ACACACACACACACACACACACACACACACAGGUCUCAGGAGGGUGGAGUCUUCACGUUGAGACGUUUUUCCUUCCCCGCGGGGAUCAUACAGUAUGUUGGCUUGAUGCGCAGCAGGAAGGAAUCCAGACUGAGGAUUCUGCGGAUUGACGCACAGCGCGGUGCGCUUUGACCUCCCGUCUUUCCCUUAAUUACCUUUUCCCUCAGCUGAAUCAGUUGUGCUGCAUCUCAAGACGCACUCCGGUGUGUGUCCGGUCAUGCGGCGCACCGCUCUGGCCGUGCCGGGCGUGCUGUCGCCUCCACAAGCCGCGCGUAAAAGCGCGUGGCUCCGGAGCGCGCUGGCCCAGCACCACGACCCCGACCCCGGAGCGGACAACGAGAUCGUGGUCCUGGCCACGGGCAUAGACCAGUACCUGCAGGAGGUCUUCCACCACCUGGCCUACCCGAACCGGGACGACACGGUGUCUGCGGAGGACUUCUGCGCGCUCUGCGCCGUGCUGGGACUCUCCAAGACGCACGAGCAGGAGCGGAGCGGAGGAGAGGAGGAGGAAGAGUUUACAGAUGUGUGCUCCGGCCUGCCCUGCCAGCUUUCCUUUAAGGACUUCCACGCGCGGCUCUGCGGGUAUUUCCGAGUGCGCAGCGCGCGCAGAGGGGGCGCCGGGGAGAGCGCGUGGCGCCUGCCCGUCACGGAGGACACGGAGCUGGUGGAGCGGCAGAUCCGCCUGCGGUGGCCGCGCGUCCGGCGGAGGAAGUGUGUCAGCUUCGAUCUGGAGAAAGAUAAGACCGGAACCGGGACCAGAACCGGGAGAGGCCGGACAGCAGAGGCCGUGGAGCCCGGAGGAGCCAGCCCAGACGAGGCUGCGGCUCUCAGGGAGCUGGUGGAGGACCUCCGCUCGGCGCUGCAGGGGAGCGACGCCCGCUGCCUGGCCCUGGAGGUGGCCCUCCGCCGCCAGAAGGCCGGCGCCCCGCCUCCGCCGUCCCGCCGGAGCUCCGCCUCCUCCGCCGGUAAGACCUCCAUCACGCUGGUGGAGGGGAAGCUGGUGCCCACCCAGAGGCUGGCGGGCGCAGACGGCGGGGCGAGGAGGGCGGCCCGGAGGCGGGACAUCAGAGACCCUCUGCUCAGGGAGCUGAGGCUGAUCCGGUCCGGACGGGACGGCCAGCUGGAGGAGGCCAUCCGCUUCAGCCGGCGGCUGGAGGAGGAGCUGCAGUGGGCCUGCCGGGAGGUGAGGAGGCUGCAGGCGCUGGAGUCCGCCCUGAGGAGGGAGAACGCCCAGAUCAGGAGGCGGGCGGAGGAGGCCAGGGAGGCGCUGAGCCUGGGACUGCAGCAGGUCCGCACGAUCCAGGAGCAGGCCCAGAGCGUCCCGCAGCUGCAGGCCCGGAUCGGCCAGCUGGAGGCCCAGCUGCAGCAGGACGGGCUGGAAGCACCGCGUGGCAGGUGGAGAUCGGGCUGCAGCUGCUCGUCGCCUCCGUCAAACCCGCCGAUGAACGCCGACGACACAGGAAGCAGGUCGGACGCAGAAUGUCUGCAGAGAGCCGUGGAGGGACGAGCGGCGUCCGAUGAAGAGGAGGAGGACAGAGGAGAGGGGGAGGAAGGACAGAGCUGUCUGAAGGAGGUGACGAGGCACAGCAGUCCACUGCACCACUGCGACAAAGGGUGUCAGAACCAGGUGGUCCAUCAUCCUCAGACUCAGGGGGACAGCAGGGGGCGCUGCGGCCGGAGGGCGGGAGGGGAGCGAGGCCGGGACCAGGAGGAGAGAGCCGAGGAAGAGGAGGGCAGGACGAAGCUUCAGGAGAGGACUGGGCUGUCCCUGCUGGAGGACAGACUGACGGAUUCUCUGUCUCUGCUGCUGCAGCUCCACAGCAGGAACGUGUCCCGCAGGGUGGUGGAGAAGAUGCUGAUGGAGACGCUGGACUCGUGCGGCAGCGGCAGCGACGGUUGGUGUCUCCGGCCGCCGUCCCGUCGCUCCGGAUGCGACAGCUUCAGCCUCUCUCAGCCCCCUCUGGCUCCUCCCCCCUCGGCAGGCCCGUCGCAGGUCCGCAGGGCGGCGGACGCCCUCUCCGCCCGCCACGCCCCCGAGGAGCCCCCCGGCGACGGAGCCCACGGAGGAGAGGGCGGGGAGACGCUCCUGCUGCCGCCGUCAGGCGGCGGCGGAAGCUCUCUGCUCAUCUCCUGCUGAACACGUUAAAGAUUCCUCUACAUGAAGAUGGUUUGUCUCUAUUUAAUACGACUGAAUAAAUGUUUCUGAAGUUUC